CUCCCCCUUCCGGACGCUGAGUGGUUGAGGCCGAAAAACAACGCCUAUAGUCAUUGGCUGGGCCCUGCUGUCAGUUCUCUCGCGUCUCGCAGCGCGACACAGCCAGGCGCGGCCUGUAGAGCAGUCUGGAAGCCUGCUGCAGAGAGAAGAUGGCGGUCGCGGUGAGAACUUUGCAGGAGCAGCUAGAAAAGGCCAAAGAGAGCCUAAAGAACGUGGAUGAGAAUAUUCGCAAGCUCACUGGACGGGAUCCGAAUGACGUGAGGCCUAUCCAAGCCAGAUUGCUGGCCCUUUCUGGUCCUGGUGGAGGUAGAGGACGUGGUAGUUUAUUGCUGAGGCGUGGAUUCUCAGAUAGUGGAGGAGGACCCCCAGCCAAACAGAGAGACCUUGAAGGGGCAGUCACUAGGCUGGGCGGGGAGCGUCGGACAAGAAGAGAAUCACGCCAAGAAAGCGACCCAGAGGAUGAUGAUGUUAAAAAGCCAGCUUUGCAGUCUUCAGUUGUAGCUACCUCCAAAGAACGCACACGUAGAGACCUUAUCCAGGAUCAAAAUAUGGAUGAAAAGGGAAAGCAAAGGAACCGACGAAUAUUUGGCUUGUUGAUGGGCACUCUUCAGAAAUUUAAACAAGAAUCCACUGUUGCUACUGAAAGGCAAAAGAGGCGCCAGGAAAUUGAACAAAAACUUGAAGUGCAGGCAGAAGAAGAAAGAAAACAAGUUGAAAAUGAGAGGAGAGAACUGUUUGAAGAGAGGCGUGCUAAACAGACAGAACUGCGGCUUUUAGAACAGAAGGUUGAGCUUGCGCAGCUGCAAGAGGAAUGGAAUGAGCAUAAUGCCAAGAUAAUUAAAUAUAUAAGAACUAAGACAAAGCCCCAUUUGUUCUAUAUUCCUGGAAGAAUGUGUCCAGCUACCCAAAAAUUAAUAGAAGAGUCACAGAGAAAAAUGAAUGCUUUAUUUGAAGGUAGACGCAUCGAAUUUGCAGAACAAAUAAAUAAAAUGGAGGCUAGGCCUAGAAGACAAUCAAUGAAGGAAAAAGAGCAUCAGGUGGUGCGUAAUGAAGAACAGAAGGCGGAACAAGAAGAGGGUAAGGUGGCUCAGCGAGAGGAAGAGUUGGAGGAGACAGGUAAUCAGCACAAUGAUGUAGAAAUAGAGGAAGCAGGAGAGGAAGAGGAAAAGGAAAUAGGUAUAGUACAUAGUGAUGCAGAGAAAGAACAGGAGGAGGAGGAACAAAAACAGGAAAUGGAGGUCAAGAUGGAGGAGGAAACUGAGAUAAGGGAAAGUGAGAAGCAGCAGGAUAGUCAACCUGACGAAGUUAUGGAUGUGCUAGAGAUGGUUGAGAGUGUCAAAAAUGUAAUUACUGAGCAGGAGGUAAUGGAAAUCAAUCAAGUUGAAAGUGUAGAACCUUCAGAAAAUGAAACUAGCAAAGAACUGGAGCCAGAAAUGGAAUUUGAAGUUGAGCCAGAUAAAGAAUGUAAAUCUCUUUCUCCCAUGAAAGAGAAUGCCUGUGCUCUAGAAAUGGAAAAUGAGCCUGAGGAGAAAGAAGAGAAAGAAUCUGAGCCUCAGCCUGAGCCUGUAGCUCACCUCCAGCCCCUGCCUCAGCCUCAGCCUCAGCCCCAGCCUGAGCCUCAGCUUCAGCCUGAGCCCCAGCCCCAGCCCCAACCCCAGCCCCAGCCCCAGCCUCAGCCCCAACCCCAGUCCCAGCCCCAGCCCCAGCCCCAGCCCCAGUCCCAGUCCCAGUCCCAGCCCCAGCCCCAGCCCCAGCCCCAGCCCCAGCCCCAGUCCCAGCCCCAGCCCCAGUCCCAGCCCCAGCCCCAAGCAGUACUCCAACCUCAGCCUCUUUCUCAUCCUGAGACUUUGCCAUUAGCUGUUUUACAGCCACCAAUUCAGGUUAUUCAGGAGCAAGGGCAUUUACUACCUGAAAGGAAGGAGUUUCCUGUGGAAUCUGUAAAACUCACUGAGGUGAUGGUAGAGUCAGUCUUAACAGUACAUCCAGAGAGCAAGAGCAAAACCAAAACUAGGAGCAGAAGUAGAGGUCGAGCUAGAAAUAAAACCAGCAAGAGUAGAAGUCGCAGCAGUAGCAGUAGUAGUUCCAGUAGCAGCUCAACCAGUAGCAGCAGUGGAAGCAGUUCCAGCAGUGGCAGCAGUAGCAGUCGAAGUAGUUCCAGUAGCAGCUCCAGCACCAGCGGCAGCAGCAGCAGAGACAGUAGCAGCAGCACUACUAGUAGUAGUGAGAGUAGAAGUCGGAGUAGGGGCCGGGGACAUAAUAGAGAUAGAAAGCACAGAAGGAGCGUGGAUCGGAAGCGAAGGGAUACAUCAGGACUAGAAAGAAGUCACAAAUCUUCGAAAGGUGGUAGUAGUAGAGAUACAAAAGGAUCAAAGGAUAAGAAUUCUCGGUCCGACAGAAAGAGGUCUAUAUCAGAGAGUAGUCGAUCAGGCAAAAGAUCUUCAAGAAGUGAAAGAGACCGAAAAUCAGACAGGAAAGACAAAAGGCGUUAAUGGAAGAAGCCAGGCUUUCUUAGCCUAUUCUUUGCAGCAGAAGAUUUCUUGAUGAGUAAAAGGAUUACCUUUCCUUGUAAGGAGGAUGCUGCCUUAAGAAUUGCAUGUUGUAAAAAAUCUUUUUGGAAAAUACAGACUGUUUGUUUACCAGACAUUCUUGUACUUUUUGCAUAAUUUUGUAAGAGUUAUUUAUCAAAAUUAUGUGAGGUUCCAAAAUAUGUAAAAAUAAUAAUAAUAAAAAAAGAUUAACAUCCCUUGUCAUCUUUUUUAAAUAAUCCUAUACUCUUCAGUAAGAAUCUGUAUAUUUUAAUAGGUAAAUCUUUAAGUCUGUUCCCUUCUAAUUCUGUACCAUACUUUGCUUUUGUAGAAAUAAAUGUGCAUUUCUUUCAUUAGUUUUGGGAUGUCCUCGUUGACACUUGUAUAAUAAAUACCCUCUUGAUAUCAUUUUCAGCUUUUAUCACUAGAUACUGAACGUGAUUAGAAUGUCUUUGAAGGUUUCUUCACUUUUACUUGCCUUAGAUGAUUAUUUUGAGUUGUCAAAGUCAGAUCUUUGCAGUUUUCAGGGGGAACAUAGUUCUCAAAGUCAUUUACUAUCUUUUUCUAAUCUCCCUUGUUAUUUUAAUCUAAGUAUUUCCCCCUGUUUCUCAUAUAUAAAUCAUAUAUUUGGUAGAUAACUUAAAACAGUAUAAUUUGGUUGGCAUUUUCUUCAUGAUUAUGGGAGCAUCAUUCUUUUGUCUCCAUGGCUACUUGUGUGAUAUAGCAUAUACAUCUAUUGAAGAAAAUAAUCACUUUGUAGGGGAGGGAGGUAGAAAAGUAUACUCUAAACUUGGUUUUUGAGUUUGUGGUCUUGUCUUAACUUUUGUGUUGGCUCUAACUGAAACAUGCCAAUAUGUGUUUUCAAGAGUUUUUGUUUAAGUAUUGUAUGAAAGUUUACAGAAUGAAGGAAGUUCAUCUACACUUGAAUCUGUAAGCAAGAUAACACACAAGUGUACCAAGUGAUUAACUUUGUUGUUUUAUCAAUUUGUAUGAAUUUGGAGUAUCUGUUGCCAUUACUAUACAUGUGCAAAUAAAUGUGGCUUAGACUUGUG